AUGAAUACGACGAAAAUCUCCUUUUCCCUCGAUGCUCCUCCUGGUACGGACAUCUGGAGAAAACCGCCUAGCACAAACGUGUUCAAUGCUCCGAUCACCAAUACUGUCUCGGGCCCCCUUAAGAAGUUUCAAUCAGCUCGUGUUACCUUCUGGGCCGAGUGGACCGAACGAUAUGACCAAGCAGGUCUCCUACUUGUGCCAAAACGCCUGUCCGAUGCUUCUGUAAACCCACCCGAGAAAUGGAUCAAGACGGGUAUUGAAUUCUACCUCGGACAGCCGCAGCUUAGUACUGUAGGUUGUGAUCGCUGGGCGGACUGGAGCGUCGCACCCCUGAUACUAAAAGAAAACGAGAUCGAACCUGCGAAAGCAGGGGGUGUCACCAUUGAGAUUGUUCGUGAGGGUGAUGAGCUUGGGAAGAGUCUUUGGGUGUAUAGGGUUGUUUCCGACAAGGAUGGUAGCGUUGUUGACAAGAUCCCACUGCGGGAGAUAUGCUGGGUGCUCGCAGACGAGGACGAGGCCGGUGGCGAAGAAUGGACCAUAGAUGUCAGUCCGUUGGUAGCCCGUCCAGGAAAGGACACGGCCGACUCACUCAGUGUUGAUUUCAAAUUGUUUGAAGUUCAAUGGCUACCCUGA